ACCGCCACUCUCUAUUCUCGAAAACUGCGCGAACUCACGAGCGGAGUCCGACAUUCAUGUGUUGACAAAUUUGUUGCAAGUUUUACCAUGGAUGACUUUUCGUCCGACUUGACGGAGAAAACGGUUCGCUCUUUGAACAGCAUCUUUGGACACAGAGACUUCAAGUCUUCUCUGCAGAGGCAAGCUGUGGAAGCAGUUGUUAAGAGGAAGGAUGACGUGUUUGUUUCAAUGCCAACAGGGGCUGGCAAGUCCCUUUGCUACCAGUUACCAGCUGUUGUCCAUAGUGGCAUCACACUAGUAGUUUCCCCUCUUAUAGCUCUUAUGCAUGACCAGCUUGAACACUUAUCAGAUAUUGGUAUAAAAGCAGAAACCAUUAACUCUAAAAUGUCUGCCGAAGAACGCCGAAGAGUUGUUGGAGAUCUCAAGUCAAACUCACCCAAAAUAAAACUCCUUUACAUUACUCCUGAACAAGCUGCCACAGACUUCUUCAAAGAUUUGUUGGAGGUUUUGUCUGGGCGUAAACUUCUAGCUUAUUUUGUGGUAGAUGAGGCACAUUGUGUUUCACAGUGGGGUCACGAUUUUCGUCCAGAUUAUUUGAAGCUUGGCUGGUUGAGACCAAAAAUGCCUGGUGUGCCCUGCAUUGCAUUGACAGCUACGGCCACAGCUCAGGUUGUCAAAGACAUUUACAAACAGCUGCACAUGAAAGAGCCAGUGCAGACAUUUAAAACAUCAAGCUUUCGUUCAAAUCUUUAUUAUGAAGUUUGUCUGAAGGAAGUUCUUACUGACCCUUAUGAUGAUCUUGCCAGAUUUGCCAUCAAAUCACUGUCAGGAAUUCCAGAAACUGAAGAUGACUGUUGGGCUAACCAUGGCUGUGGCAUUGUCUAUUGCCGAACAAGAGAUGGCUGCCAUGAGAUUGCUGCACGGCUCACACGUAAGGGUAUUCCUUGCAAAGCUUACCAUGCAGCUCUCAAGGCCAGUGAAAGGACAGAAGUACAAGAGGAUUGGAUGGAAGGCAGAGUUCCUGUCAUUGCAGCAACCAUCAGCUUUGGCAUGGGUGUAGACAAGGCAAAUGUGAGGUUUGUGGCUCAUUGGACUUUACCAAAAUCUAUGGCUGGCUACUAUCAGGAGUCAGGAAGAGCUGGACGUGAUGGCCUUCCAUCAUACUGUCGCCUUUAUUAUUCUCGGCAAGAAAAAAGUGCUGUGUCUUUUCUACUAAAUGCAGAGUCAAAAAGACCAAAAAAAAAUGCAGAAGCAGCAAAAAUCCAGGCAAAAGCUGCCCAAGAGAGUUUUGGUGCUCUGAUUAUGUUUUGCGAAAGUCUAAAAUGUCGCCACUGGAGCAUUGCCUCAUUUUUUGGGGACGAGAAGCCAUCAUGCAACAGGGCAUGCGAUGUCUGUCGUGAUCCUAAAAAGGUUGAAUUGGAGAUGCGCAAUCUUCAAGCUGAUAAAUGUGGAACAACACGCAAGGGGGUUAAAGGCAGUGGAAUGAUGUUUAAUGAUGAUUCAGACAUGUACGGAGGAGGAAGAAGAGGUGUUAAGCGAGAAUGGGAUGAAUACAAAGAUGCAGAUGAUGAUGAAGAAGGUGAAGGAGAUUACCAAAGACAACAACGUAUGGAAAAAAGGAGUAAAGAUGAUCGACAAAAACUUAUCAAUAACCAAUUUAAGCUUCGCAAAGGGGCAAAGACAGAUGUUACUCCCGAGAAGAAAGAAGAAGUUUUUGAACCUCCAUCCCCGUGGUGUCCUCUCCGAGAUGCUGCAAGCGAAAGAGUGCCUAGAUUAGCAGUGAAGACACGUGAGCACUGCUUUGAAAUGCUUGAGAAGGCUUUGUAUGAAAACUUUGUAGAAGCAUUUCAGCAUGACUUGGAGCAAGUUAGAACAGCAGAUUGUGAAUCUCGUUGCUGUGCCUUGGACCUGGAGCAUGAGAUUUUUCUUUCUGCCAAGCAAGCAAACAUGUACAAAGUCUCCAUUACAAAACUAGUGAGAGAUGUCAAGAAGCUGUCAUCAGAAAAGAUGCCACACCCUUGUUUUUACUCGGAAGCAAGGGAGUCACUGUAUCAUGUUUCUGGUUUGCACAGACAUGAGUGUGGGGAAGGCACUAAAGAUGUUGCGUCCAGUUUGGCAGAUGAAGAUGAGUCAUCCUCAGAAUCUUCUCUGUCACUGAAAAGAGUGUUUGGAUAUGACUCAGGUGAUGAAACAACUAGAACAAGUAGUUCUUUUCUUCAAGUAAAUGAUUCUGGGUUUGUCACGGAGCAAGAUCAGGCAGAGAUGUCUUUGCCUGAAAACAUACAGGAAAAUGCGGACAGUGUGAAAGCUCUACAACAAGGUGCUAAUAAGGAGAGUUCUCAAACAACACCUGCAAAUGAGAACAGUUCCCAAAUAGCACCAUCAGCAAAGCCAGGUGUACCAAAGAUUGUUAUUUCUGGGAAAGAGAGGACUACAAAUCAGAAGAACAAGAGUCUGAAAAUAAAACAGUUUCUAGGAUUUCAGAACAUUGUGUGGAACAUAAGCGAGAGAGGAAAAAAGAACAUGUUCGUCACUCUUCUCAUAGCUCCAGGAACGUAGAUACAGAAACUUCAAAUCACAAACACAAGCCAACCAGGGAUCCUCGAAAGAGAUGUCCUCAGAUGUGACCACGUGGACUCUGCUCACUGAAACGGAAGUAGAAUCCAGACAUUCAAGAACAUGUGCCUUAGGAGGCUGCUCCAGAUCUCAUACAGAGAGCAUAGAACCAACUAUUUUGUACGUAAUAAGGUUGCCACACUCGUAAGACACCAGGAACCGCUACUUGCAACAGUCAAGCUGGUCUUCUAUGGCCAUGUGACCCAUCACAGCACCUUUCCGAAGACUAUCCUUCAAGCCUGGGUGGGAAGAAGUUGGUAAACAGUCAGCUUCAACAAAGAGAUCUAAAGCUGAGUCAUCAGCCUCUGACACAGCCAGCAUUUCAUCCACUUCCAAUAACCAGACAAAGGUAAAGGAUGAUAAUGUCAAAAAAGAGAAGCUGGCAACAGAAAAUGCUGAUCAGGACAAAAAAGGAGUGGCAGAUCUUGUAGUCAAGUAUUUAACACCUCAUUACAAGGCUGGAUGUUUUGCAAACAAGGAACUGUUCAAAAGUGUUGCUCGGUCAAUAUCACAUAAUGUGAUGGAGAUGACCAAAGGACUGCCUACAUCUGGUAAUUGUAUGUAGUAUCUUCUUGAUUUUGCAUUUGUGCUGUGCAGUGCAUGAUGUAGUUGUGUGGCUUUCUGCGCUUGUGCUGGUAAAAUCCUCUCAACAGUCAACCUUGCUCAGUAUCCUAGUCACAGUCAACUGUAGACAGCUUUGCAGCAAUGCAGAAAUAUUUGUCAUGUCAGCGGUAUUGUUGUAAACAGAGUGUUUGAAGUGUUUGUGUCUUAGGAUGGUUAACUUGCAGUAAAAUUUGUUGAAUUUAAAAUACUGUUAGUACAGCAAAAUCUCAUAUUACGUCCUCUUAGUAACAAUCCAAAAAGUAAGAAAUUUUUACUUUCAGGUAAAAUGACUAAUUGUUAAAACACACACACAUAGAUCUUGUGGACUACCUGGUAAUUCCUCCUCUUAUUUUUCUUCCUGUUGAUCAGGAAAGAAACAUUACUGUAAUUACUCAUUCCCUGAUGUGCAAAACAUUUUUGCUUGCACCUGUACAUUUGUUUGAAGUUGGGGUUCAUUAAAUGAAAGCCAACUGGUCAGUCUCCCUAACAAGACCCCUCUCAGUUAAGACGUGAUUUUGGUGGAUUUUAGCAAGUCUUAAUAGAAAGGUUUUACUGUAUUAGCUGGUAAUAUUUUUGUGCUUGCAUGUUGCACUGGUCCUGUUGCUGAUUACAGUCAAAACUUUUAAACCUUCCCUUAAACAACAAAUGUACAAGCAGAACAAAAAAAAACAGACUAAAUCAAAUAUACCACAAAACAACAGUCAACUCUGUUUGUUUUUUUCUGCCAAAGUUUAUAAAAGGGAUAUUUUUGUCCUUUGCAAGCAGUGUUUUGACAACUUUUUUUUUUACUCCAAGUAAAUAAUUCUGCUCGUUUCCUGUUCUGACUUAUCUCUUCAAAACAAAACACACAAAAAUAAAAAAUAAAAAAAUGACAAUGACAAUGACAAUGUAGAGCUGUAGUACACUGACACUGUGUGGAGUUAAUGUACCAAGUGUCCACCAGCUGCUCAUUUCUUGGUUUAGUGAAUAAGUGUGUGUAUGUGAGAGAGAGCUAGAGAGUGAGAAAGUGAGGGAGGGAAGGAAGAAGUGACAUGGAGAUAUGAAACUUACCUUCAUAGGAUUUUGUCAUCUGGAUUCAUUUGUACUACUAAUUUAGCUAGGUCUCUUUCUGCUUGCUUGCUUGCUUGUUUGUAGCAACAAAAAUGUGUCAAGUGUGUUUUAUAGUAGUUAUUCUAUAAAUGCCCAAAAAUAGUGAAAAAUGUGUAAAGUUGUUCGAAAUAGUUAUUUUUUGCAAAGGCUUUUAUUAAGAGACAAGAGAGACUGAAUCACCAGCUCCUUUCCUAUAAAGUUCUUUGCUUUGGCUAGUCUGUCAGUGAAGCUGUGCUGGCUUGAGCUAAAGGCACGAUGGUUUCCUAGUGUGAAUUAAGCUGUCGUCUAAGACAUUUCCUAAGUUAAAAGUAGCCAUAUAAUUGCACGUUUUACACAGAAAUUAAUUGAACAUCUUUGUCUUCUUAGGAGUAUACACUGUUCAGUUUUACUUGUAGAAUGUUGCUGUUAAAACUUAGGGAAUAAACCUUCAGAAAGAGUUUACUAAUAGUAUGGGACAUUGGCAAAGAGAAGAUUUAGACUGCUCUGUUUUCAGGUAUGAUGCUUGAAUAUGUGUAGUGUCAUCUAAAAUGAUCUAAAAUCCUUGUAGCUCCCUUGAAUGAUUUGUCCAAGGUGCAUGGUUUGUCUUCAGCCAAUAACAAAUGCAGAUUUUUACUUUGUCCACAGGUAAGGAAGAAGCCAAGCGACUUGUACGAGAAUUCAUGGAAGAGCACAAGAAAGUGUUAUCCCAUGAUGUUCUAAGAGGCUUGCGAGCUUGACUGCAUCCCCUUGAAGUCUGUGAGAGAGAUGAAAGGCUGCAGGUGUGAAGACACCUUCAAAAUGUGAUUGUGCUGAGGCUUCCAAAUGACUGUGAUUUUUUUCUUUGACCUGUAACCACAUAGGGCAUGUAACGGUUGUGUUAUAAGAGGUGCCACACAGCAUGGCAGCCUGGUACAGUUCAACGUUUAAAAAAGUUGCCAUGCAGUUGUUAUGAUACUUCUACUUCCAAAGAAAAAAUACAAUCCACUGUAUUAUAAAGACAAUUGCAAGCAUGUGAUGGACUCCAUAACUUGUGAAAGUCUGAGGGAUACUACAUAAGGUGUGAAUAGACUUGACAACAGGGCUUUGUGAAGACAAAUCUUUGCACAAGACAGAUUGCAUAUGCUGCUAAGGAGAUGUUGUGAGUUUAAUUUUAUUUACGUGUAUCUCAGGCUUUAUGGAGUAUCGUUUGUCUGCCCUUAAAGAUAUUGAACUCAGGAUGAGUAGAGAGAAUGGCAGUUGAAAGUUUUGCACAAAAAUAUUUGUUGUGUAAACCUCAAACAUUUUCUGUGAUUUUUCUUGUUUUCUUUCUUUCCUUCUUCCCUUUUUUGUCCUUCCUAUUGUUACAUCCACUGCAUCAUUGCGUUUGGUGCUAUUGGCUCUGCAACUCUUACUGAUGCAAUUCCUCUUUCCUUCUCGUUUACCAUAGUUUGUCUUUGUGCUUCAAAUUUGUCGCAUCAGAAGUGCAAGGAAGUGUUUUCACUGUCAUAUUGUGUGUAAAUCAAAGGUUGCAAUUGUUUGCUUUAAAAAAAUCCAGUUUGAUAAUACAUUUAUCUCAGUACAACAUAUCAAAAACUUUGUUGAUUCUAAGGCUUCUUUUUAUCUACCAAUAAUAUGUAGUAUUAAUAGACACUUGUGUUGUUUAAGUUUGAUCUAGUCAUUUUCCAUUAUUAUGAUUGGAAUUGCUGUUGACCAGGGUAAUAGUAAUUUGUAAUUCAUUGAACAAUUUGUAUUCACAUUUGGUUGUUUGUUUUGCUCCUCAGGUUAAAAGACUAAUUUUUUUAGAAUUUAUACAUGAUUAUUGAGAUACAAGUAUUGAAAAUUAUUUGGCAUUACUGUUUGUUUAAUUUACUUGGUGAUCCUUUUUCUGUCACCAAAUGACACAAAUAUUCAAUUUGUUUGGAUGAGAACUUUGUUUCUUUUUAUCUUUUGCACUUGGUCUGAAAGGUUUCUUAAGUGAUCUGUGUGCAGACAGGGCAGCAUCAUUAAAAUUUGCCUUCAUAGACAUGAAUGAAAGAUAAUGUUCAGCAGCCAUAAGGAAUUUUUAUUGCAAUUGUUUCAGUAUAUGGCCAAGUGUCUGUACAUGUUCCAGUUUGUUGCUGUUGUUUGUUAACAGAAAUUGCUACCUUUACUUACAUUCACUUUGUGAGGAAGAUGGAUUCGAAAUAUUCAUCCACAUGCCAACACCAUUUGUUAUUGAAUGAAGCCAACAGUUCAACAGUGUGUGUAACUACAUAUGGCUAUCAUUCCCGUUUUCACAGAUUCAUGAUGGACAUAUAAACCAGGGCUUCUGCUUAACAAAAAAUUGCGUACAGUACGCAUUAAAAGUUUGUAGGACCCCUUCAAUUUUUGUCAAUGGGGUCCCCUUCAAAUGUGGGCGAAGAACUGGGACCCCUUAAAAAUCUGAAGAAGGGGUCCCUGGGACCCCAAAGAAUUUAGCCUUAGCAGAAGCCCUGUGUAAACUAACUACAGACCUUGGCAUUUUGAGAGAAUUGCUGUAGUAGAAAAUAUUAGGACAUGAUUUUACUAAUCCUUACAAUUUUGUCUUAUAAAGCCCUUUUUUUUAAAAAUGCAAAUCCACACAUGUUGGAAGCAGAAUUGUCGAAAUUCUUGAUGCAUUUCACAUAAGACCUUAUUCUCUGCAUAAGUUUGGGAGGCCACCCACCAUGUCGAUGAUGCUCUGUAUCCACAGAAUCACUCAUUGAAAAUCAUUUGCACUCAAUGUGCCAAGUGGAUUCGAACUACCCUAGCCACCUCAAUCCCUUUUGUAACAAUUUUCCCUCAUAUUUGCAUUCAGCUGUUUUGUCUCAGUGCUAAUUGAUUUUGGCCCUUCAUUAUGUUUGAACUCACUGACUGAACUGAUUUAAAUUAACGUAGGCAAUAAUUUUAGAGGGUUAAAAAUGUUGCGCGAGAUUUUGUGUGGUUUCUAAGACCUGACAGACAUCUUUUAAUAGCAUCCUUCUGGUCAAAACAUCUUGAAAGCAAGUGGCACCACCCUGUGCUUCUUUCCCUUGAGUAUUGCAUCAUGGGAAAAGAGGAGGAAGAAAUACUUUUGCAUUU